CGAAGCGUGACGUAUUGAACGCUCCCUCUUCUCAUCCUCCCUUCUAUUAAAAUGGCUUCGUCUCUUCCUCCAAUUUUAACUUUUUCUUCUUUUUAGUUCCUGAAUGAAAAAAUUGUUUUCUUCUUCAAUUCCUGUCCCGUCGACCACCGGCCAUUUCAUUUCUGCACAAUCAAACAUGAGGAAGACAUCAUGAGUUUUCAGUGGAUCUCUGAGAAUCGAGUCGCUAUUUGCUUAAACAAAAGAGGCAGAGGAAUUGAAAUUUGGAAAAUUGACGAAUCGACAACUUCCACAAAAAAACUCGAUAAACGAUUCCAACAUGAACGCGAUUGGAUAUCACAUAUGGCAUGGGACGAAAGAACGAAAUAUUUGGCCGUUUGUUCUGACGACAGAUGGAUUAAGAUUUGGUCAAUGGACAGCGACAGACCCAUUCAUAAAACAAAGGUCGAUGGCAGAUGUUGGAGAUUGGCUUGGCGUCCUAACGGGAAAUCAACGGACGACGAGGGAGUGGACGCGGCCAGGAAAUCGGCCGACAAUUUCAUUUUGGCUUGUAGAUUGGACGAGGGGGAGAUUGUCAUUUGGACUCCGUUGGAUUUAAAGGAAAAGACGAGAAUUCUCAGUCUACAUUCAAGUAUUGUACAUUCGAUGUCGUUUUCACCCGACGGACGGUUUCUCGCAUCAACGGACGAGGAUUGGAAAUUGAUCAUCUGGGCAACUGAGAAUUGGGAAACCGUUUACAUCGGCGAAGGACAAGGAUGGGGCAAACCUUUCUCGUGGUUGUCUCCGUCUACGGAUGUCCCUAACUACAAAUUGACGUUCGAAUCAGACAGUAAAAAGGUUUUUGUCGUGGAACACGUCGACGGCCAGUGUUAAAUUCCACGCAAAGAUGAUGAUCACGAGAGGAAAUGGGGUUGCGGAUUGCGAAAGAAAAAGAAGUUCAUUUGUUUC